AUGGAGGAGGCAGCGAUUCGAGCGCUUUUGAAUUCGCUGUUGAUGUGCAGCGCGGCAUUCGAGGGUUUGCAGCCUAACGCAGCCGAACUCAAGGUGUUCGAGUUCAAGGACGGCGGGAUUCAGAUGCAAACGUUGACUUGGAACGAAUCAUUUGUGUCGUAAGUUGGGGUCUGUGUCAGUUUUGCAAUGAUUAGGUUUGGGCGGAAGAGAUUACAGCGUUUUUUUGGUCCAUUUUAUACUGAACCCGCUAACAAGGGAAGUACCCAAGCGCGAAGCUCAGAUUUUCUUUAAAUUUUGCACACACUUUGGGAAUGGAAUAGAUACCAGUUCCUUGAUUUUUUGUGGAAACAUUACCCGUUACGGUAGAAAUAGGUAUGAAACUUUUCGUGCCGAAGUUCGGCAGAAAGCUUCUAAGUAUGUGCCGAGUUGCAUAAAAAUCUGAGCGUCCCAGAUGGGUACUAGUCCGUUCGUAAAGUCGCUGGAAUGUUUUCGGCGACAUGCACUCCGCGAAAACGACAGUUCACUUUGCACUGUGCAAUUUUUGGCUUUUUGCACAGUGCAAUAGGCUUUUUCGGGCUGUCGCCCGCACCCUGAGUUUUCUUGCACAGUGCAUGUCGCCGCUGAACUCUGGAAUGGACGUCGCAACUACGCUCGACCCUUGGAAAAAACGUGUUUUAAUUAACGCCUUUUCUGUUUCAGAACGCCAAUUAACAUUGAGUUCGACGGCACAAUCGAGGGCGCCAGGUUGCAGAUGGUGGUGAAUGGGGAGAAGAUUGAACUCGGUGGUCAAGUCUCAAGCAGAGAUAGCGACAGGGGUCUGAUGUGAGUUGCAUCUUCAAUUGAUAUGCGACAUAGUUUAGCAAUUGCCCCGUUGCCGGCGACACAAACGAAGUCCGCGUUGUUACUCGAUCAACUUUGUGCGAUAGCAACUUCUACGUGUACCGAGUCCAGGACAAGCUCUAUGGGCUUGCAAAUAUGGCUGAUAAGCUCUCCUUCAUUUUCGGUGUUGAUGGAUCCCUGAUCGAAGAGAAAAAAAUACCCCUAGUGGUGAACGAUAAAUUGGGUGUGAAUCAAACCAAAGGCACCCUUGUGUACAAAGACGGCUAUGGGAUGUGUCAGGAACUCACUGCCGGUUCUCUGUCUUCAUCCUGGGAAUCCCGUUUUUGCGACGACGAGAAGAUUACUCUGGUUCCCAAUGAAACAUCCGGAUGGCAUCAUGUCGUAGGCUUUGACAAAACAGUCAGUUUUCUCAUGUUCGAAUUUCAGCAAUACCUCCAAAUCGUCCACUACUGCAAAUUGAACUGGACCAUUCCCCGAGACGAGCUCAAAAACGUCUACGUCCGGUUCCUGUAUAGGUAAGUGGAAGAAUAACAUUGUUUUGAUUGGUGUUUAGACCCCCACCACCAAAGGCCCGCAGAAGAGGUCUGCUGACGGAGAGGGGAAAGGUGCUCGUCGGCCUCUCCGCCGGGUUCCUUGGAGUUGUUCUCAUCGCGUUUGUUGGUUCCGCUCCGUUCUGGGUAAGUUGUGACUGAUGGGAUGUUUUUCCGGCCUUGUUUCAGUGGGGGACCUGAUCCAGUGGCAAAAAAUGUACCAUUUUGUAUCCGGGAAGUCUCAAAAAUGUGGUAGAAUGCUGCCCUCUGCAAGUGAAAAAACUCCAUUUUCAAAAGCGCGCCCUCUCUUUUUGAGAGGGAAGGGAAGCGCCCUUCAAAACGAAGUUUUUUCACUUGAGGAGGGAGAUUUUCUUUCGCCACAUUUUUGAGACUUUCCGGAUGCAAAAUGGUACGUUUUUUGCCACUGGAUCAGGUCCCCCACUGUAUUCACCGUUUUCGCAGCCUGUUCGAAAUAAGCUUGUAUUUUUUCAGUACAAGUGGUCGCCAUGGGGAGGCGCUUGGAGAAGAGAAAAGAAGCCCGUGCCAAAUACCAACCUCCAAGUAAGUUGUUUGCUUUUGUGGAGUUUUGCGACUUUGUUUUAAAAGUCUAUGCUGUCUACUUUCAGUCGCCGUCUGAGGACUUACCGCGCGACUCGUACGGGUAAGAUUUGCUUUUUUUUGAUUUUACAAAGCUCAAAUGGAAGGCCAACGAAAUGAGGCCCCCAAAAAAAGAACGAAGAGUGCGGGUGACGUGAGCAUGUCGCGCUGUUUUUUUCGAUUUUUGCAAAUUUUUUUCAUUGUAUAAAAUAUCAUUUGGAAUAUUUUUUGAUACUUUUCAUGGGGGUCCCUUCGUUCUCUUCUGAGGGCCUCUGCUGUUUGGAGCCUUUUCGGUCUCAAUCGCGCAGUGCGAAUCGUUUUUUUUUUUGGCAUUUUCGCAUCGUAUUGUAUUUUCAGCAACGUUGACUGCAACUUGAGGAUGGAGAAGUCAGCAUACGACAUGCAGAGGGUCCUGGACUUGAACGACAGCUUUAAAGACGAAGAUUUGGGGUUGCAGCUUCCGCAAACCAUCUUCGACGCGUCUACCUAUCACCAUGUUGCGAAGCUGAGUCACGGCAGAAUGAGCGUCGUCCACAAAUACAGCGUGCAUGCAAAACCGUGUGAACUGUUUGCCGCCGUCAAAUUCACGGUCGUCAGGGACGAGAUGGAGAUGCAGCGGGCCAAACAGGAGGUUGCACUGCUCCGAUUCUUUUCGGAGUGUAAGGAAUCCCACCCGAAGUGAGUUUAUUCAGUUUUUUUUGACUCUCGAUACAUCGUUAUAUGAUUUGAGGGAGGGAAAAUGUUUUUUCGCAUAGAAAUAAAAACGCCUUUUCCUAGAAAACUUAUGCUUAGAAAAAAUGAUAUUUUUCGCGUCCCGACAUUUCGGGUCAGGGACAACUCGGGUCAACGUCACCUCGGGCAACGAUACCGUUUAAUAUUUUCGCUUCGGGACUCGGAAAAAAGAGUUUUUUGGAGAAUUUGAACAAAUUUUUGAAUUGUUUUCGCUUUGGGACUUGGGAAAAGGAAUUUUUUAAGAAUUGAGGUUUAUUUUUUUAAUUUUUUUAUGAAAAUAGUGUAUAAGCGAGGAUCAAACAAGAAAAUCGUAUCCAUAAAAAAAUUUUUAAAAUAAAUGUCAAUUACCCCUAAAAUAACUAUUUAUCUGAAACACUCGUACACUCCGCGCAUUUAAUUUGGAUCAACCUGGAUCUCAAAAACUAAGCAAGGCCUGGACUUGAUUCUUUUCGCGUAAUAAUCUAUAGUCAUAAAGAACAUGUUUGAGCAACAAACAAUCACAUUUCAGGUAAGUGUAAAAUUUUAAAUUGCAAUUUAAGAUUUCGGGUGCGCAGAAAAUUUGGAUCAACCUUGCAAAAAAUUAUUUUGCUCGCUGAGGUGGUCGAUUUUAAUGUUGUAAAUGGUGAAUACGGACACUACGGAGAAAUAAUAUUCUGAGGGUAUCAAUUUUGUGCAAUAUUUCUUAUGACAUGGCCCAUUAGGGAGAUACCAAGGAAUACGGUAAGAAAACUCAAACAAAGCCCAAAAACUGAUAAUUGUAACUCCUCAAAUUUCUUGCAAAGUGUACUAAUAUUUACUUAUAGGCCAUGCAAAGUAUUUUAGUAAGGCAUCCAGUGGAGUUCACGGCAUCUACGACUUCUACGAGACAUAAAUCAGAAUUUUUCUGAAAAAAGUUUCUAACGGAAAGUUUACGGUACUUUUUAAAAAUUUUCUGAUGGGUUGUUCGAUGCGCCGACAAAAAGACAACAACAUUGCUGAAAUUUCUACGUAAAAAGAUUUGUCAAUUUUUACCGUUUGAAGUCGCCUGACGGAGCGGGGAUCAAAAACUACACCGUGCAUCACACGCGUUCGGUUGGAAAUUCCCUCCCUGAACUAAAACCACCGUUGUAUUUGCUUUUAUAGCAGUCUACAAGGUGCAUAUUUAAUAAGCAAACAAAAGAUGAAAUUCUCGGAUACACUGUAGCUUCUCAACGAGUCUUCCAUAUUCUGAAUUUUCGCGGAAGCUAAAGUUUUGUGCCCUACGGAAUUGAUACCAACGAAUCGUAUGAACUAAUUAAAUCAAAAGCUACCACAUCAUGUCCUGUAUCUGCUGAACCUUCAAAACAGGCACUAGAAAACUUUUAAAAAGUACCGUAAACUUUCCGUUAGAAACUUUUUUCAGAAAAAUUCUGAUUUAUGUCUCGUAGAAGUCGUAGAUGCCGUGAACUCCACUGGAUGCCUUACUAAAAUACUUUGCAUGGCCUAUAAGUAAAUAUUAGUACACUUUGCAAGAAAUUUGAGGAGUUACAAUUAUCAGUUUUUGGGCUUUGUUUGAGUUUUCUUACCGUAUUCCUUGGUAUCUCCCUAAUGGGCCAUGUCAUAAGAAAUAUUGCACAAAAUUGAUACCCUCAGAAUAUUAUUUCUCCGUAGUGUCCGUAUUCACCAUUUACAACAUUAAAAUCGACCACCUCAGCGAGCAAAAUAAUUUUUUGCAAGGUUGAUCCAAAUUUUCUGCGCACCCGAAAUCUUAAAUUGCAAUUUAAAAUUUUACACUUACCUGAAAUGUGAUUGUUUGUUGCUCAAACAUGUUCUUUAUGACUAUAGAUUAUUACGCGAAAAGAAUCAAGUCCAGGCCUUGCUUAGUUUUUGAGAUCCAGGUUGAUCCAAAUUAAAUGCGCGGAGUGUACGAGUGUUUCAGAUAAAUAGUUAUUUUAGGGGUAAUUGAGAUUUAUUUUAAAAAUUUUUUUAUGGAUACGAUUUUCUUGUUUGAUCCUCGCUUAUACACUAUUUUCAUAAAAAAAUUAAAAAAAUAAACCUCAAUUCUCAAAAAAUUCCUUUUCCCAAGUCCCAAAGCGAAAACAAUUCAAAAAUUUGUUCAAAUUCUCCAAAAAACUCUUUUUUCCGAGUCCCGAAGCGAAAAUAUUAAACGGUAUCGUUGACCCGAGUUGUCGCGACUCGAGUUGUCCCUGACCCGAAAUGUCGUAGCGCCAUAUUUUUCAUAGAAAAAAUCAUCUUUAUUUUAGAAAAGAAUGGGGUUUUUUCCAAGAAAUUGUAAUUCUUAGCACAUUUUUGUAUAAAGUUACUGCAAAAAAUGCGACCAACGCGUUUUUUAAAUUCCUCUUUUUUUCAGGGAUUACGGAAGUCUUCACCUUGCAGAUUUUUGCGGUUAUGGCCACUAUCCGAACCUUUUCUUCUACAUCAUGCUUUGCUUCGAACGCAGUAUUCAGGACGUGUUGGAAGAUCUUCCGUGUUCAAACUACGGUCAGAAGCUGAACGUGUGUUAUCAAAUGCUGCAGGGGAUCCUGGAGUUGCAGCGCUUGGGAUACGCGCAUGGAGACAUCAAGCCCGCGAAUUAUAUGCAGUGGAAGUUGGAUGGAAACAGGGUGGGUUUGGUGAGGGAAUUGAAGUGGUGCAAGAAAAUGACAAUCAUUUAUUAUUCUUUUUUGAACCGUUGCAGAAGAAAUAACCAGCGAAAUGUGUUUUAUCGAUCUGAUAUUUUUCCGCGCUUUAUUACGCCAUGUCUGAGGCGCGUUAAAAAAUCAUUACAAAAAAAUUUGCUUUUUUGACACCGGAUUUUGCUCACAAAAAAAGUUUGGAAUGAUGUGCACUGUGGAAUUCCAAUUUUUCUGUUUUUUUUUCUUGUUACCAGAAAUUGCUUCGUUUCGUCCCGAAAACAAGAGAAUGCCCAAUUUUUUCAGCUUUACAUCGUGGGCUUUGGGUUUGUGCAGAAAUUUGGAGCGAAGCGUCCCGCCGGCUGUGGCACCCUCGAGUACAUGUCGCUGCCCGCCUUGCGUGGCCAGGAGGUGAGCAUGGUGGACGACAUGCAGUCCUGGUUCCACUGCUGUGUGGUGGUCCUGACGGGCGAGUUCGCCUACUCUCGGCCAACCCCUGACGAAACCGAAGGCCUGGUCGAGUUGUAUUUGAAGGCGCAGACCGAGGACGUUCCGCAGUACCCUUCAAAGGAUGACGAAAUCAUCGCAAUGCUCAGGAACUUGAUCUGGGACAAGCCCCCGGGCAAUACGAUCGAUAUGGCCGCGGUUUUGAAGACUCUGGAUGAGGUGAGGCUUUAUUUUUAUUUAACUUUUAUAAAAAAGGAAUUUUAUUUUUAUUUUCAGUUCCGAGUCAAGUUCGAGUUCAACUACACGGACCCCUGGUGGGAUUCUCUCCCCACGGAGAAACCAUCCAGUGCCAAAUCUGAAACCACCAAGAAGUCGAAGAAAUCAUAG